UAUACAUUCAUAUAGCAAUUUUCUCUUCGUUUACAUUCUUUUGUUUCAUUGUGUGGUUUCUGUAUUGACACACACACACACAUACUGUGUCUAUUUGCAGCAGAGCAUAGUGUCAUUUGUACCGACAUAUGUAGAUCUCUAAUUUUGAUUGUAGUCUCCCUAAAAACAUGAACAAAAAUAAAACGAAGUAACUAACAAAUAUAAAACAUUCAUUAACAUUCAGCACAACAUUUCGGACUACGAAAUUUUUGGUUGCGUACGAAGGACAUGUGAAAAGUGAAGUGUGUGUACACGAAAUAAAAGCGAUUUGGACGGGAGCUUAAAGGAAAUUAGCAAGAAGAAAACGAAGAAGAAACAGUAGAGAAAGAGAGAGAGAGAGAGAGAUAAAAAAAAUAUUGUGUGUGCGUUGUUUUUUUUUCACAUUCAACAUCGUUACCAGCGAAGGGCGAAUAAUGUUGUUACUGUUGUGUGCUUUUUGAUGCUGUUCAUUUUUUUACGUGUAUCAUUCGUCACAAGAAUGGAUUGAAGUGUUUGAUGAUUUUCGGUCGAGAAAAUACACUGUGUAUGCAACCACACACAGAAAGCGAACCCACAAUCACACACCGUUCAAACGUCGAAGAUAGGAAACACGUCAAAUAAAAAUAUACACACAUUUACUUGUCACAAAAAAAUGGUUUCUCCCGGGAAUAUGCUCGGUUCAUUUUGUAUUGUACAACGACAAAAACGAGUAGUGCCCAUUGUGUACAGGAUGCUGUUUGAGGAAAAAAUCAAGUAAAAUCGAUUCCAAAGUGUUCGAAUUGCAAUAGAAUUUCAUUGAUUGAUCCAGCAAUUUGGAGACAAUAGUAAACAACAACAACAACACCAAUAAAAAAAAUCGUUUAAUUUGUUGUUGCUGCUCUUCUUACUUGGCUACCAAAGUUGAAGUGAUGCCAAUUAACGGGAUUUUUGCAACGCAAUGCAUGAAAACAUUGCUGGUGGCUUGCUGAUGCCACUGCUACUGCUUCUCCACCAACACAGAGAAAUAUAACGCCGUGAGCAGCAGCAGCAGCAGAAGAAGAAGAAAAAGAAGAAGAAGAAGAAGAGGAAGAAUGGGAUACAAGCCAUAACAUUGCAAUUUGCGUGCUCAUUUGAUAAUAUGUGGCAAAUACGUGCCAUUUUGCUGUGCAAAUAAUAAAUUGAGACGAGAUUUUCUGCGACGAUGAAAUUCCACUUGGAAUUAUUAGUGUGUGCAUGUGUCAAGCCAGAAUAGAUACACACACACACACACACACACACACAAACACACAUAAGGAAUCUCAGCCAAAAAUAAUCGAAUUAAGUGUACGUAGAAAAUGUUCUCAAAUGUUUUUCAAUUGUUCAACUAAUAUUAGUGCUGUAAAAACAGAAGAAGAAAAAAUCAAAACGCGUAUACGGUAGAGAAAUAUUUGGGUGCUAUUAUUUUCGUUGCCAGCGUCCAAGUAGUGUGAAAGAGUGAGCAAACGAACUAAGCAGAUAUAAAGAAAAAGCUGUGUGUAAACUGAACGAAACGGAGUGGAAAAGUGUUCGAAGAGAAAUUCAUAGGCCUAUGAAAAUAUGAUGUGAUUCCAAGUUCCAAGAGUGAUUUACAAAGAUAUUGGGACAUAAUAAAUUGUUUUGAUCCUUGUGCAAUCAAUCAAUUAUUAUCAGUGAUUGUACUUCGUUUUUUGUUUCAACCCACCCCAACGAUGUGCGAAUCAUUUUGAAUGGAAAAAGAGCUCAAGGAUCUAGCGGCUCAACCACGGCACGCUGACGAAAUAUAUCGAAACGAUCCCGCAUACACAGAAGACGUUCGUCAUUUGGCCUUGCCAAUGCGUCGGAAUAGUGGUCCAGAUUCGGUACGUCGCAAAUCCUGUUCCCUUUUGGAUGGUAAAAUAUUUGAUCGUGAUACGGAAAAGUAUAAUACAAUGCACAUUUUACCACGUAAAAAGCAAUCCAAUCAAAGCUAUAAAUAUGAUGCAAAGCAAAAAAUAGCCGCACUCAAUGAUAAAUAUGGGAAAAAUUUUCGCUCCGAAGACUCAACCAGUUCGGAUGAAUUGAAUUAUGUGCGUCGUGGCCAAAGUCUCGACAGAAACAUUUACAAACAGCAAAAGAAACAAAUGCUCUGUUUCCAGCGUGAAAAAGAAACGCAAAAUCGACGCCUGGACAAAAUCUAUCAUCGUAAAGCAUCUAGCAAAGAAAAUCUACUGAUGAAAAGUCCACGGUCAAUCAAUGAGUUUGCGACCGAUUUGUAUGACGAUGAAGCAUUUCUGAAUGAAUCACAGCGUUUAUCGCGUACGAAAGAGCGGCCAAAACAAUUAUCGUCAAUGCUAUCGUUGAAUGAUCGAAAGUAUUCGUCGUUGGCACGCAGCGAAGCACACUCAUUCGAGCAAUUGGAUCAGCAGAAGACCAAAGAAAUGACUAAAUUUCAAAUUGGCAAACGGUUUCUACGCGGUGAAAUUGGGAUAAAAAGCUUUAACUACUAUCUGCUGAAAGAAAGCCUAAAAUCAAGCAAAAAAUCCACGACCAAAUUUCGGUCAGCAUCGGUGAAUCAAACGAUAUCGAAAAGUGAGGAGAAUAUCUAUGAGGAGAUCUUUUACACGGACAAGAAAAAUCCACAAAAAGCAAAUAAAUUGAAAAAUCUUAUUAAUUACCCGGAUUGUGAGCUGUGCAUAGCAGAGUGUACCGAUAAAAAUUGCGACAUUUGCAAGGCUAGUGAACAAAGAAAAGAUGCGAUGAAUGCUCGAAAUUUUCACGCGCAAUCAACGAUCAAAUGUAAAACACCACUCGAUGAAACUCGUAGCAUUGGCGGCCAUGAAAAACUCCGUGCAUCCGAUUCACAUGAAAGUAUCAGUAUCAGUAAUAUUGUUCAAACGACAACACCCAGCGUCCUGCAGUAUCAGUCGUAUAAUCCGAAUAACCCGGGCGUUUACAAAAUUGAAACCACACCAGUUGCAUUCACCAGCGAUUACAAUCCGAUUGAGGAAAUUUAUCGAAUCCAAAAGUAUGCACCGAUUCACAAGACCGCCACGCAAAAGAUAUCGUCGUCGUCCAGUGAUUCAUUGCAUCACCAUCAAAAAUAUACGAAACCAUCGAUCAAGGGCACCUACUACGAUUGUUCAACCGAACAGAUUUACAAUCAACAAUUGCGGCCGAAAAUCUAUAAAACGGAUUCAAAGGCAUCCAUUCUGAGCGAAAUGUCGAUUAAGAGUGAGAAUUCAAAUAAUCGCUACUAUAAACAGGCGGAAAUGAGUGAUUCAAGUAUGGGUGAUUCAAUGUUUUCAUAUCCUGCCCAACGUCGAUACUAUGGCAGUGCCGAAAGUUGUCAAUUCGGCUAUGAAUGUCAACCAUGUGUUGACGGUGAUAAGUGUAGCUUUUCGGAUAAUUGCCGAUAUGAGUGCCGCAACUGUGAUUGCUCUUCCAGUUAUUUUUCAUCGGAUUUCGAUGAUGGGAAUUUUAGCCGUAAAAGUAGUGCCCGCAUAUCGACCAACAGUCAAAUGUCAACCAAUUAUAACGAUGAUAUGCAAAAUAUUGACAUUAAAACGACUCGCUAUGCCGAGGAUUUUAUGAAGCAUUUGAAUAAUGUGAAAAAAACGUGCAACUAUCAAGCGGCCACGAAUACCAAUCAAGUUGCAUUGAGUGCCAACAAUCAAUUGCACAGCAUUACAGCGACGGGGGUUGGCCGAGGAGAAACAGCCACUGUUUGCCCACCCGCUGACUAUGGAAGCAUUACAAAGCAGAAAAUUUCCAACGCCAACACAAGCAAAACAACAACAUCAACCGCCACUGUUGUCGCAACAACUGUCAAAGUAAAAGAUCCCUCGGAAGACGCAUCGAAAAAAUCGAUGUCAACACCAUCGUCGAAAAACAGCAGCAGCAGCAGUAGCACCAGCUCCAAAUCAGAUAACAAUGGUAACAAAACUACGGCGGCUGGAUUAUCAAUUGGUAUGAACCGAAGCGAUGACGCCCAUAAGACGACGAAUCCAAACAAGAGCAAUCCCAACCCCUUAUCUUCUAAGAACAAUGAGGGCGAUCAUUUAAAUGAUGAAGUGUUCGAACAAGAAAAUGGCAUCUCAAAUGAAAAAAGCGAAUUAAAUCAAUCGCAGAGCAAAGUGCUACCACCACCAGCAGCAGCAGCAGCAUCGUUGGAGCAUGGACAGAAUGCGAACGCAAGUAGUACGCAAAAUACAGAUGCUGUUGCCGUAUCGGUUGCGACUCCAACAACAACAUCAAUGACAGCCUCACUAUCGAGCUCCACAGAUGAUAAACAAGAUACAACCGACAGUGCGUCCGUGUGCACAAUCAAAUCGAACACAGUUGCUCCAUCAACAACAGCUGCGGUCCAUUCACCGAAGCUGCAGCGCAACGAUGGCAACGGCAACAAUGUCAGCACGCGAAUCAAUACCACAACAGCCGAUAGCAAUAGCAACGGCGGCAGCAGCGGCUGCAGCAGUGGCAACAAGACAACGCAAGCAUCCACAACGCAAGCAUCGACAACUGAAUCAAAAUAUGCCGAACCGAAAAAUGUUGACACUAGUGUUGUUUCAGAGUUCGCAGGUGAUGCGUCGUCGAUCAGAGACAAAAUAAAUACGAUUCCAAAGAGUACGAAAGCAAAAUUGGCAACCACAAGUAACAGCGCAACGUAUGAUGGCCAAUUGAAACGUGGCACGGCUGAUGCAACCAAUGCUAAAGUAGACCGACGUAUACGAAGACCAAUCAUCGAACAUCAUUUCACUUUGCCCUACAAGACAAACAAAAAACGGCACUGUGAUCAUCGAAAGAAUGCCACGCUCGAACGAAGUUCCACCAAAAAGAAUACUUUAGAGCAAUUGGUGAACAAAACAACGACCGUGACCGCCAUCGCCACCGCCACCGCCACCGCACAGAAAACGAACAUUGAAACGACAAAAAUGCAUUAUCAUAAUCCGAACGAAAUGCCAAAGUAUUUGUUUGGCGAACGAAACAAGCAACAACACUACCAAAAGCCGAUUAAAUCCGACGAAAUCUACUUGAAUAAAUCGGGAUGGGUGCAGGUUCGAGAACCGUACAACAAUCAUCGGCCAGACACAAACAAUUCAUUUCAAAAGUAUAAUAGCAAUCUGGUGCAAUCGAACAGUAAUACGACCACAAGCAAAUUGGAGGCGCUCAUAACGCGCAGCGAAAUUCGUAAAGUAAAAUGUACAAUCGAUCCACAAUUAUCGGCCAUGCUAAGCGAACGGCCCGGUUUUUUGCCAAUCAAAACUUAUGAUGACAAUGAGUCACCGCCUCCGAUUACGCCAAUCAUAUCGCCACCGCCCGCAUUCCAAGACUGUAAAACCAUUCGGCAAACAUCGAAAUUGGCCACAGCAAAUGGCAGCCAAGACAGCACCGGCAAAAUGGUUUUCUCACGCAGCUUUGAAUAUGAUACCCGUAAACCGUACGAAUAUGACCAUACAUUUUCGAAGAGCUUUGACUAUGACUUUUUAAGCCCUACGAAAGAAGAGGCAAAAUCCGAAAAAGAAAAUGCAUUCCCGACCUUAACCAGCGUUUCAUCGAACUAUCUACCGGAUAAAUCGAGAGCAAACCAGCGCGAACCAUCGGUCAAUGUGUAUCAACAGUAUUUGGAGCCAAAGGAAUAUGUAGAAUCGACGCGUAAAACGCGUGCACGAUCCACGUACUCAUUGCGUUCGGAUGUAAUUGAACAGCCGGUAUCACGUCGCGGCCACGUGCCAAAACAAGACUCAUCCUCAUCGUCGGGUAGCCAAGCCGGUUUCCGUGCACACCAGAAUUCAAUCAGCAAACGAUUGAAUUCAUGCGACAGUGGAGCUCGUUCAGAUUUGUCGAACGAUGAAGCCGAUGAGGAAGAAGAACCACCAAAUAAGACACAACGAGCGCGUCACAUAUUAAAUCAACAACAACAGCAGCACCAACAACAGCAACAGCAACAACCACAGCAACAGCAACAGCAGCAGCUGCAAAAUCUUAGCCUCAAGCAACGUUCGUUGACACCCGAAAAUUUGACCGAUGAUCAAAUCACAUCAUUUCACCGAACCAAAGCACAACCGACUGAAAAGCGCUUGAAUCACAGUUCUUUCGAGGGAUCUCAAGGAUCCUUAUUGGAUAAAAAUUCAUUACGAAAUAAUACGCUUGACCGUCAACACCUGAGAGUGCCCGAAAAAACAUUCAUUUCGUCACGAAGCUCAUCCAGCUCAAGCUGUAGUGAAGCUGAAAAUGAACUUAUUGGCUUUCGACGAUCAAAAAAUCGGGCCAGUGGAAAAUCGCCCGGUGAAAAUCGCAUUAGACGUUCUAGAUCACUCCAAUUAACCGAACGAUCACCGAAUCGAAGUAAAAUGCAUAAAACUGUAGUUCAAAUCAGUGGCAAUAAUGGGCAAAAAGAGAGGCCAAUCAAUCGAGUCGCAUCGACGUCGGCAAAUCGACGAUUCGUUACUAAUAAUGGAAAUAAUAAUCGGCUGGCAGUGACAAACGAACGACAAUACAAAGAUGUACGAAAUGCGGACUUGGAGAAAAGUCGUUCGCUCGACUCCGAAUACGAACGGUAUCAAGGUAAUUCGCGAACGGAAUUCGACAAAAGUCGAUCGUUUGACGAAAAUUAUAGCGAUCAAGUGGCACAGUCAAAGUAUAUAGACAAUUAUCCAAAUAAUUUGAAACAAGCGGCUCCUGUGAAACCAGGCAGUCCACAGAAUUAUGGUAAUCGAUAUUAUGAUCCCGAAAUGAUAUAUGAUAAAUCAAGAAAAUCCUUAACACGCUCACCAUUGAUGGCGUAUAAGCACGAGGCAAAGUCCACCCACCCGAAGCAUACAUUAUCGUCGGUUCGUGGAAAACGCGAAGGAGAACGUUCACCGAAUUUAAACCGUGAAAUCAUGUACCGUGCAGCGAUGACCAAAAGUUUUGAUCAUUUACAAUCGGCAAUCCCGUUGUCACAGCAGCAGCUCCAAACCAGAGAUCAUUCGCCAACAAAGCGUAUGCAUUCGAAUCACAAAAAGGCAUCGCCCGGUUCAGAUUAUGAUUUAAAUGCAAGCGAUUUCAAUGUCAGUUACGAUAUACGUGGCAAUGGCAAAAGUGAUAAUAUGAGCAAAGAGGCGAAACUCAUGUCCGAAUAUUAUUUCGGUAAUAAAGCCAAUGCGGAAUCGUAUUUGAAUCAAAGACGUCGUGAAACGACCAAAGCGUCAGCCACACCAUCCGCAAGUUACAGUUGCGCUAAUUCGUCGUGUGCUUGUGGUCAAACGGGUAAUCAUAGUGAUAGUGGAUUGAUUGACAACCAAAAAGUAAUAAAAUAUCGAACGCCCCAACCGCCGCCGCCGCCGUCGCCAAAUAAUAAUGUGCGUUCGAAAAAUGAUGGCAUUGCGCCAUUUAACGAACAUAAAUCACAUGCGACACGCAUCAAAACCACCGGCGCCGUCGUCACUAACACCACCACCGCCGCCAUUGAACCAAUCUAUGUGAAUCGUAUGCAAAAUCAAUCAGUGAACUAUAUUAAUAGUAACAAUAUAAACGACGAUGAUUAUUAUGAUUCGGUUGUAAACGACGAUGUCACCAAAGCCAAUGAAUCAAUAAUAAUAAAUGCCAGUAAAACGAAAAGCAAUCAUAAAUUGAUGGGUAAACCGCCAUCCGGUGAGAAAUAUUUACGAAGCUUCUUCGGUUUGUCGUUGGAUGAACGUGAAAUGCCAAUAACACGUGAGCGCUCGAAGCUAUUACAAGCAAAUUGUAAUACAAAACGUAGUGUUGGCGAUGCCAAAAAAACACCGAAAUUAGUUGGAUCACCGAAACUGUUGCGGGCAUCAACAUGUGAUGCGUAUCCAAGCCGUGGGAGGAACAGGUCACCGGUGUACGGGAUGCGGCACAACAACAACAGCACUGGCAGCAACAGCAUCAGCAGUGUUGGAGCGAAGAUAAAAGAGUUAGAUCGAUUGCGAAGCCGUUCUCUACCUUGCUUAUUCAUGCGGCAUAGUUGUACCAGAAACAAUGAGAGUCGCGUGAUUCACCCGCAUUUGACCAAUCAAAUGAGAGCCGUUUCAAGUCCAUCAUUGUGUGAGAAUCCGCUGGAUACGGUUAAAUGUCCAAAGAAACCGCGACGCGAAGAAGCUGUACAAACGGUUGAAACGCAUCCACCGCAAAGCAUAAAUACAACGACCAGUGUUCUACAGAAAUUCCGAAAGACAUUUUCAAAUUUAAAAGGCAAAUCAUCAUCGAUCAGUUCGACCAACGGAACGGUGGCCGUAGCACCGAUAAACGGUGUUGGUUCGAAUCACGUAUCAAACAAUUCAUCAGUUGCAUCGAUCAAUAGUAGUAACGCGCAUCCAAUGGUGAACAUGACAAAUCCAUCGUUUGACAGUGCCGACAUAAUCAAAUAUCGGUUCGGCCCAUUGAUUUGGCGAACGAGCAAAGAGCGACGCAAGACCAAACAUCAUCGUCGUGAUAAAUGCAACAGUGGCGAUUCCGGUAUACAAGUGGAAUUGGAAAAUGAUGAAAAUGUGAUUUCGAACGAUGUGACCGACGGUUUGAACGCAUCACCAUCGUUUAAUGUACGUGUUCGACGUGCCAAUUCAGCCAAAGUUGCAUCCAAUUCGAUGGCAUCCUCCGCAAAAGCACGAGUUUUGAAGCGUAACGAAGGUUCCGACAAACUAUAUUUAACACCGAUUCCUGGUCGUUCGCUCAGCCAACCAUACGGACUCAACCAAAUCGCACCAUAUGCCGAUGAUAGUGACACUGACAGCGAACCAGUCGAGAAUGGUAUGGCACAUCAAACGGUUUACGCUGAAGUGCUGUACACAUUUAAAGCGGUUGGUGCAGAAGAGUUAAGCCUAGAACGAGGUGCUCUUGUCGAAGUACUUCGCAUUGAAUCUGGUCCUUGGUGGUGGGGACGAGUCAAAAUGGAUGCAAUCCUUUGUGGUCCACAAAAUGAACCGCGCCAGGGAUGGUUUCCAAGAGAUUUUGUCAAAGUUAUCGAACCAUUUCCACGGCCCAACAAAAAUGCAAACGCACAACAGCCGAGCAUGCAACUAACAACAGAUCUUAAUAACUGUGAUAUCGAAUACGUUCAGCAACCAAUUUCUCCAGUUUUAUCAAAACAACACGAAACAACCGACUCGAUGCAACCCAGCCAAAUGUCCAACGAAGCAAUGAAGGAGAAUGUCACUCGUGAACUGCUCGAAACCGAGGAAAACUAUGUGAAACUUUUGUCAUCGCUGUGUAUCGGAUAUCUUAAAGAGCUCCGACAACAUCCAAGCGUUUUUCCAACCGAAAGUUUGAUUCUCAUAUUUUCCAAUAUCGAGAAGAUUUUUCGCUUCCAGCAAAAGUUCCUCGAUGGAUUACGUUACGGCAUCGAGCACAAUAAAAUCGCUGAGACAUUUUUGGAAUUUCAAUCGGAUUUUAUGGUUUAUUCAACCUAUUGUAAUUCAUAUCCACGUGCACUGAUGGAAUUAGAAACAUAUACAGGGAACUCGGAUGCUAUGGCUCUGCUCGAAAGUUGUCGUACUCAACAAAACUUACCGGAAUUGCCAUUAUCUGCACAUUUGCUGGCGCCAAUUCAACGCAUUUGCCGCUAUCCAUUACACUUGAGUGAACUAGUCAAACAUUCGCUGUCGAAACAGGAUCUGAUACGGCUGCAUGAGGAUGACGAUAAUCGUCAUCAUCAUGUGGACAUCGAUUCGCUCGAUUCGAAAGAAUCAUUCGAACAGGCAUUGGCAUGCAUGAAACGUGUCACGGAAAUGGUUAACGAAGGUAAACGGCAUAGCGAGUAUUUGUCGCGCAUCCAGGCUCGCUUCGACAGUUAUGAAGGUCCACCAAUCAGUGUUCACAGCACCCGUCUAUUUUUGCAAAUUGAUGCAAUUCGCAUGACGCCAAACAUUUGGAAUAACACAUAUACGCUGUUUUUAUUCGAUCGCCAAUUGAUUUAUUGCAAAAAGGAUUUACUCAAACGCACCAAUUAUAUUUAUAAGGGCCGAAUAUUCUUAGAUAGUUGCCGUAUUCUUAAUCUACCGGACGGUCGAAUGUUUGGACUGACAUUGAAAAAUGCGUUGCGCAUUUUCUGUGAAACGCGAAAAAAGUGGUUGGACUUUUGUUUUCGUAGCAGCAGCAGUAAGCUGCGGUUUUUGAAUAUUUUGUCGGCCGAACGGCAAUUUUGCGGCCAAAGUUUGUUUGUAUCGGAAAUAGCUGGCAUCGAUGAUGAAAUGUUUGAUCGUGAAUUCCAACCGACAAACAAUGAUUACGUGUGCAGUGACAGUCCGAUGGGCAGUAGUCCCGAUGAUAAUUCGGCUUCGUUGCAUAUCAGCGAACGUGGUAUUGAUGUGGAGAAUUUGAACGUUGUAGCCACAAAUGAAAAACGCAAUUCGAACACAUCGCUAAAGCAUGGGAAAUUCAAAAAAUCCGAUACACUUCCAAAGAAAUCACGUAAAUUGGGCAAAGAACAAGGCCAAAUGAGUUUCGAUUAUCAAUCGAAUUCGUUGGGUCGUAAACGUAUUGGAAACUGGUUCGGUCGUAAAAGUAAGAGUACGAAUUCAACACCGUCACAAAGUCCAACGCAUCAGCCAAUUAUCAUAGCGUCCGUGAGCUCCGAAGAGAGCUCAUCACAGUCCAGUCCUGCGAUGGAAGGUCGUCUAUCGCAUAACAACACCAAUAAUAAAACGAUAACCACAUCGUCCUGAGAAUACGAGAGCACUCUACUGUAGAGCCAACCCCUUUCAUGUUCAAGCGCUGAUUGGCUCAACUAUUCAAAAAUGACCCUUUUGCCUCUUGAAUUUGUAUUUUUGUAUAGAUGAGUUAUUUUUCAUCUUCUUCAUUUAGUUACAAUAUCAUUAUUAUUAUUAUUUUGUAUCAUUAUCGAUUGUUAGUAUUUAUUAACUUUAAUAUUGUGUGAUUUGUUCCAUUCAUUUGUCCAAAGUGCGAAACUAAACUUACUGCAAAUAGAGAGGAAAUAUUAUGAAAAGCUAAAUAAAUGGAAUCGAAGAAAUUUCAAUGAAAAAGUUAUUUGAAUGGUCAAUCAAAUUCGAAAUGAAUAAGAAAAAGCGAACUCCAAGAAAUAUGACUGUUUCAAUGAUAAAUUAAUGAAUUUAAUUAAUUACCUACUAUUAUCUUAGUAUUAACAUAAACGAAGAAAAAAAAAGUAAUCAAGACGUAUUCAAUGAAAUUAUAUUCAUUCAAUUUAAUGGUACUAACAAGAAAGAAAAAUACCGGAAAGGAAAAAAAGUCAACGUAUUAAAUGAUCCCAUUUAGAAAACAA